UCCAGCGCCCACGGAUCACCUGCGUCUGGGUUCCGUACCGAAUCGACCUGAGUCUGGGUUGCCGUUGUUCUGGGCUGUGUGGGGUUUCGCCGCACCUCUUGAGAGGUAAUUGGUGUCGCAGACCUGGAACCCACGCCGGCGUGGACUAGAACUGCGUUUACACCCUGGUAUCCACGAUUUUUCUGCUACCGCCUGUGUCCACACUCCAGGCUCACUUCAGACCCAAAUAUCCCUCCCAAAAGAUGCUGGUACUGGUCUUGACAUCCAAACUGCAGGACCCACUAGCGAAUGCCACCCUAAGAGAAAUUCCAGCCCUCAUCUUCUGUUAAACAAAAAGACUCCGAAGGACAUAGCACUCCAAACAUGAGUGGAUAAACAAAAGAAGCUACUCCAAUUUUACCUGGAAACCCAGACAGGAGAGCUCCUCCAGGCCCCAGCACCAUGCGUCAUUGCCUAUGGAAAUAUAUCAUAGUUGUUGUGUCCUUAAUCUUCCUGAGCUUCUUCCUCCAAGAGAAUAAUGAAGAGCAUCUUACAUAUAACUUAUCAUUGGAGGAAAAGAAGAAAAUACUGUGGCAGCUCAGGCAGGACCAAAUGAUCUCUGAGAGCAGAAACCAUCUAGAGAACUUCAAGGACAUGCAGAAAGCCUCCCCUUUACUCCAACAGGCCAAGUACAAAUUGCUGGCUGGAUCCCCUCCCCAGGAGAAGAAACUGCUGACCAUAGGGAUUUCCUCAGAGCAACACCCUAACGGGAGCUACCUCUUGGACACUCUGCGGUCCCUGUUCCAAGCUUCCUCAGAACACGAGCUGAAUUGUAUUGUGGUGCUGGUCCACCUGUCAGAUCCCGACCCCGAAUGGCUCAGACGAACAGUUGCCAAUAUUUCAGACCUCUUCAAACCACAUAUUGAGGCCCAGAAGCUGCUCGUGAUCCACGGUCGUCUCGGUGACUCUCCUCUCCCAGGAGAUCGGAAUAAUGUUAGUCGUACCUCACGCUGUGAAGCGCAUUAUUCCAGGCAGAAAGUCCAUUAUGCCCUCCUCAUGAACUUUGCUAUCAACCUCUCUGAAUACUUUCUGAUGAUGGAAGAUUAUGUUUACUGCACUUCCAAAUUUAUUUCUACCAUCUAUUGGGCAUUAUCAGCCUGGAAAGAACUACCUUGGGCGAUCCUGGAGUUCUCCAGCCUAAGCCUCUCAGGGAAAGUUUUCCACACCAGUGACCUCUCCCGCCUGGCCUCUCUCUUUCUCCUUUUCCAUAAGGAUAUUCCCAUUUACUUGUUUCUCUCUGAAUUCCGCCUUCUCUUGGCCCAGAAUGUUCCAAUUCGUUUCAGUCCCUCAGUCUUCUUCCACAUAGGCAAGUAUCCUGCGUUUGAGGACACAUGCUUUCCUGUGGAGAAGGAGAAGGUGUUUGGUGAACCAGACAACCCCGUUGCCAGCGUCCUCACUGACAUGAUGGCAGAAAUGAAUGGUAUUCCACAAUAUGCUUAUACUCUGAACAAAGGGUGCUACUCUACUCUCAAUCCUGUAAGAGGCAACUACCUGACAGUGAUUUUGGAGAAGCCACAAAAAGUCAUCCGGAUAGAGGUCCUGACAGGUUCUGACAAAAAAGGGCUUGGGGCGCCUGGGUGGCGCAGUCGGUUAAGCGUCCGACUUCAGCCAGGUCACGAUCUCGCGGUCCGUGAGUUCGAGCCCCGCGUCGGGCUCUGGGCUGAUGGCUCGGAGCCUGGAGCCUGUUUCCGAUUCUGUGUCUCCCUCUCUCUCUGCCCCUCCCCCGUUCAUGCUCUGUCUCUCUCUGUCCCAACAAUAAAAAAAAAACGUUGAAAAAAAAAAAUAAAAAAAAAAAAAAAAAAAAGAACU